CAGAUUAAAAUAAAAGAUUGGAUAGACAACAAAAAAGAAGAAUUAGAAAUUUUUAAAAAAAUACUUAGUAAGACAAUAAGCUAUAUAAAAAAUGUUAAAGAUAAUGAGAGAUUAGAAUGGCUUAAAAAUUUCAAGAAAGAUGGUUUUUUGAAUAAUAUAUAA